CUAAACACUCCAACUUUUUUGUUCGACACGUUAUCGUCUUCCAAGAGUGCCAGCCUUCAAAAUCUUCAAGCCUUGCCUCGAUUACUACGUGUCAAAGGAGCACCCAAGUAUUAUAUUAUUUUACCAAAGGACUCUGUAUCUGCGGCUGUGCCAUUACAGUCCCAACUGGUGACAUCAAAAACUGCUCCACGUGCACGUAAAGUAGAACCAUCACAAAAUCAACUAUUGGUAAAAACAAAGUGUCCUUCAUCGGUAUUUAAAGUAAUCCCGAAACAUAUGAUGCCAUCAAUUACUGUUGGAUCUGGAUCUCCAACUCCACUGAAAGUAAUCGCAUCCAAAGAUAUACUAAAACAACCGACAAUUUUGUCAAAUGUACGUCCAAAACCCAAAGUCGUAACCAAAAGUAGAUAUGCUUCGUCUACAUAUUUGAAUCCUUUCGACUAUACUCCUUACAUAAAAAAUACUGUAUCGUCCUCCCGCAGACAAAAAAUAGAGAAAAAUUUAACGCAGGCAAUGGUGUUCCCAUGGGAUUGUAAAAUUUGCACCAAAGUAUUCCAUGACAAAGAACUUCUUAUGGAGCACUACGACAUGCACAAGAAUGCCACAGAUGAGCUUGGUGAUAUCGACGAAAAUAACGAUGCAUAUAACGUAGGUGGCAAAGAUAUAGAAUGUCCAAUUUGUUUGACGACUUAUGCCAGCAUAGAUAGUUAUCAAAAACAUGUUGCUCAUAAACACAAACCAAAAGACCAUAGUUGUGGUACGUGUCAACAUACUUUUACUGACGAGUUUGACUUGAGUAUACAUAAUACCACGCACAAUCAAGAUCCAGAAUGGCACGAGUGUGUGCUAUGCAAAGAGUUUCAAACAAAAGACACCAAAAUGUUAUACGAGCAUAUAUCGAAAGAGCAUGUAAAAGAAAAAAUGUAUUGCAAUGAAUGUGACAAGACGUUCUUAUCGAAGACGUGGUUCGAAGAUCAUAAAAUAUUUCACGUGGACAUUAAUAAAAGAGAUACGUAUAAUUGUGACCGAUGCGACUCUGAGUUCACGUCCAACUAUUCGUUGAUGGAACAUAUGCAGGAAUCUCAUACCAAAUACAAAUGCAAUGAGUGUAAUGUAACCUUUGCCUACAAGCAAAACUUAGACAAACAUAAUCGCCAUUUGCAUGUACCUGAAGAACGCAUUUGUUGUAGCGUAUGCGGAAAACUGGUUACAAAAAAAAAUCUACAUAAUCACGUAAUUAUCCAUAAGGCGGGGAAUUAUGUUUGUUCUGUCUGUGGUAAAAUAUUUGUAAAGAAAGAAGCCUUAAUCCUUCAUACAAGGGUUCACACUGGAGAAAAGCCAUACCAAUGCGAAAUAUGCGGUAAAGCUUUCGCACGCAAAUGCACUUACAACAAUCAUAUGAGCAUUCAUAAUGGCGACAGAGCAUAUUCUUGUUCAGAAUGUAACAAAGCUUUCUACAAGGUAACCUUUCUUAGGAUACAUAUGCGAGUCCAUACUGGCGAGAGACCAUAUCCUUGUUCCGAAUGUAAGAAAUCUUUCUCCCUUAGAUCCAAUCUUAGACAACAUAUGCGCGUCCAUACCGGGGAGAAACCAUAUUCUUGUUCAAUAUGUAAGAAAGCUUUCACCCAGGCAGCCAGUCUUAAGAUACAUGAGCGAAUUCAUACCGGUGUGAAAGCAUAUUCUUGUUACAUAUGUAAGAAAGCUUUCACCCAGUCAUCCACUCUUAAGACACAUGAGCGAAUUCAUACCGGUGUGAAAGCAUAUCCUUGUUCCAGAUGUAACAAAAAGUUUGUUACCAAAGCCAAGAAAGAUGUUCAUGAGAAAAAAUGGUGUAAAUUUUAAAUAGUUCCGUAGUUUUAAUUUUAUUGCUCUUAAUAAAACAUUUUUAUAAAAUUGUUUUU